UGACUAUGAUAAUUGAUCUCUGUUGUGUGCACAGUGGGGAUGCCACACAUCUUGGCAGGACGUCAAGAGCGAUAAACAGAAAACAAGAAAAAGACAUGGGCGUGAGAUGAUGGGCGAUGAUGGGGCCUCCCAGAGCUGCAGGGGUUUCCGCUACACCGGGCAGAUAGCACCUAGUCAGAGUGGACCCUUUUCCCAGAAGUAGCCAGCCAGCUAGGACCCCAGACAGACAAUCCCAGCAUGGGGAACCAGGACGAGUCCAGGAAGCUGAACGGGAGCUCCUCGCACCCCGACGCCACCUCAGCCGUGGCCCCCGAGCAGGCUAAAGAGAGCAUGCAGAUGAAGAAGGAGAUCUCCCUGCUCAAUGGAGUCAGCCUAAUCGUGGGCAACAUGAUUGGCUCGGGCAUCUUCGUGUCUCCCAAGGGCGUGCUCAUCUACAGUGCCUCCUACGGCCUGUCGCUGGUCAUCUGGGCCAUCGGUGGAAUAUUCUCAGUGGUCGGCGCUCUGUGUUACGCAGAGCUGGGCACCACCAUCACCAAGUCCGGGGCCAGCUAUGCCUAUAUCCUGGAGUCCUUUGGUCCAUUCAUUGCCUUUAUUCGCCUGUGGACAUCACUGCUCAUCAUUGAGCCCACCAGUCAGGCGGUCAUCGCCAUAACGUUCGCUAACUACCUGGUGCAGCCACUGUUCCCCACGUGUGAGCCACCCUACUCAUCCUCGCGCCUCAUUGCAGCCGCCUGCAUAUGUUUGCUGACGUUCAUCAACUCGGCCUACGUGAAGUGGGGCACCAGGGUGCAGGAUGUCUUCACUUACGCCAAAGUUCUCGCCCUCGUCGUCAUCAUCAUCACAGGCAUAGUUAAACUAUGCCAAGGAUGCACCGUGAACUUUGAGGCGUCGUUCCAGGGCUCUUCUACAGACCCAGGAGACAUUGCCUUGGCCCUGUACUCUGCCCUGUUCUCCUACUCAGGCUGGGACACACUCAACUUUGUUACCGAGGAGAUCAAGGACCCAGAGAGGAACCUGCCCCUGUCCAUUGCCAUCUCCAUGCCCAUCGUCACGAUCAUAUAUAUCAUGACUAACGUGGCUUACUACGCCGUGCUGGAUAUGAGUGCCAUCCUCGCCAGUGAUGCCGUGGCUGUGACGUUUGCCGACCACACUCUGGGAGUGAUGAGCUGGACCAUCCCCAUCGCUGUGGCUCUGUCCUGUUACGGAGGGCUAAACGCAUCUAUUAUCGCCGCAUCCAGGCUGUUCUUCGUGGGUGCUCGUGAAGGUCACCUCCCGGACGCCUUAUCAAUGAUUCAUGCGGAGAGGUAUACUCCUGUCCCUGCUCUGCUCUUCAACUGUGCCAUGGCCUUGGUAUACCUGACUGUGGAAGAUGUCUUCCAGCUGAUAAACUACUACAGCUUCAGCUACUGGUUCUUUAUGGGUCUGUCUAUCGCCGGGCAGAUCUACCUGCGCUGGAAGGAACCUGACAGACCCAGACCACUCAAGUUGACCCUGUUGUACCCCAUCAUCUUCUGUUGUUGCACUGUGUUCCUCGUGGCAGUGCCACUGUACAGUGACACCAUCAACUCUCUCAUUGGCAUUGCCAUUGCCCUCUCAGGAGUGCCGGUCUACUUCCUGGGCAUCCACCUGCCCGAGUCCAAACGCCCACCCUACAUUACCAAGUUACUACGUUCUUUCACACGCUUUACCCAGCUCACCUGUUUCUGUGUGCUCACCGAGAUGGACAUCAGUGAGUGAACCUCACUCCCAACCAUGACAUAAAGUUCUCACCAUGUUACCCACCACCCUUUGCAAUUCACAAACAGACACAUGGGACCAACUCGUGGAAAUCCACCUCUUUUGCAAAAACAAGGGAAUAUUUAAACAUUUUACCUGAAUGUCUCACUACUACAUUAGUCUGUAGUUUACAAGUUGGGACACUAUACACACGUUUACAUGCACAGACAGGUAUAGAGAGGUGACAGUGUGGGACUCCAGUUGCUUUUCACUGCCGCCAACCUGGUGCCUGAUGGUUCAUGUGAAGUUAAGAAUUGAGGCAAGGACAGAUCCCAAGGAAAGCCAUGGUCAUCUGACCAGUACUCUAGGACAUCCCCUCCUCCUUAUGUCAUUAUCCUACUCAUAGUUUCACUUCUCCCCAUCUCCUGACAUAGCAUUGUCCCCUGCCUAGUGUAUGAGCUGAGGGGGUGAGAUCCACAUCAGUGCCUGUGGAGGUCUAUCCCUUCUCAGGGGCUGGAGAUCCAUGUAAGAUGGCAAUACAUCUCUUAUCUUGUGAUGGAAUGACCUAGAGAGGUUAGACAAUUUUGUUAUAUGAUCUCAGAGUACACUUUAAUUUUUAGAAUUUGAAUGUGCUGUGCCUGUCAAAAACAUAUACACAGAGUGUACAAAACAUUAGCAACAACUGCUCUUUCUAUGACAUAGACUUACUAGGUGAAUCCAGGUGAAAUCUAUGAUCCCUUAUUAAAUCCAGUGUAGAUGAAGGGGAGGAGACAGGUUAAAGAAGGAUUUUUAAGCCUUGAGACAUGGAUUGUGUAUGUGUGCCAUUCAGAGGGUGAAUGGGCUGAUAGUAUGGUAGUAGCUGUCCUGCGCACCGGUUUGAGUGUGUCAAGAACCGCAACUCUACUGGGUUUUUCACACUCAACAGUUUCCCAUGUAUAUCAAGAAUGGUCCAACACCCAAACGACAUCCAUCCACCUUGACACAACUGUGAGAAGCAUUGGCGUCAACAUGGGCCAGCAUCGCUGUGGGACGCUUUUGACACCUUGAGACUGUUCUGAGGGCAAAAGGGGGUGCAACUCGUUCCUAAUGUUUUGUACACUGUAUGUCUACAUAUCCCAAAGGGACAUGCAAACAGAGAUUUUUAUAAAUAUUCAAAUGUGUUUCUUAAAAGUGAUGCUACGGUCUGUGUUCUCGUGGAGCUUUUGAGUUAUGGAUGAUAGUUUGUUAUUAUGGAUGAUUUUUGGAAAAGGGGAACAAAUGACUCCGUGUGCUGCUACUUGGUUCACCACAGCUCUACUACUGUCCUUUAGUUCAGUGUUUUUUACAGCCCUCUGGAAAAAUGCAGUUUUUAUCAGAAGCAAAUUUUUCUGUGAACUGCUGACUGACCUCAGUAAGGUUAAUAUAUAAAUUGUAAACUAUAUCUACAGUAUUUGUCCAAGUGUACACAUUUUCAUUAGUGGGGCUGGACCUCUAUCAAUUAUACAAUAGUCAUUAACCUGAAAAACCAAUCCCACCCAGACAUUCUCGACUGUAUUGCUUUGGAAAAUGUGCAACAGCCCCAACUAAAUGCCAUGUAAUCUCAGAAAUGGCAAAUGCCACCAUGGUCUUUGGAGGGUUACACAUACAUAGAGGCCAUGUCAGCUUUACCAACAGUUUGGGAUCACUUGGGGCAGCAGCAGUGAAUUAAACAAAUGUUCACUUUACUGUACAUGUAAGUCAACCAUGCAAAGGAUCUCCUGGGCCAAUACUUAAUGAAGCCACUUAACUUGAGUAUAUUUUUUCUGGGGAAUGACAGCUGGCAAACGUGACUGAGCCAACUAGAAACAUGAAAUGCCCCAUGGGAGAUUAGAUGGUUAUCUAAGUUAUUGUUUGGUUUAUCAAUAAAACUUAACCAGUU